AUGAACUUUGAUAACUAUGUAGAGAAUCAUCAUGUGAAGAAGUAUAUCAAAUGCUGUGGUUCAGAUUUCUUUUUCCAGAUUCUAGUAGUCAUUAUUUUAAUGUUGUUUUCUGGAUUGAUGAAUGGCCUUACAUUGGGGUACAUGUCUAUGGAUCUAGUUGAUCUUGAAGUUCUUGUGAAGUCUGGUGUAUCCAAGAGUCGUCUCUACGCCAGAAGGAUAUUGUCUCUUGUCAAGAGACGCCAUCUGUUGCUCUGCACACUUUUAAUCAGCAAAGCCUUUGCUGUGGAGGCACUUCCUAUUUUGCUUCAUCAUUUGGUCCCAGAAACAGCUACAAUACUUAUUUCUUCAGCACUAAUACUUAUUUUUAGUGAGAUUAUACCACAUUCUGUGUGUUCCAAGCAUGGUUUGGUGGCCGGUGCAGCUAUGGCUCCUGCUGUCCAUUUACUUGUCUGGAUUUGCUUUCCUGCUGCAUAUCCUAUCAGCAAGCUAUUAGACUUUCUGCUAGGAAGAGGGCGUAUUGCGCUGUAUCGUCGGGCUGAGUUGAAAACACUGGUUGACUUGCAUGGAAAUCAGGCUGGGAAAGGUGGUGACUUAUCACAUCAUGAGGUAUCAAUUAUCAAAGGCGCACUUGAACUCACUGAAAAAACAGCCCAAGAUGCAAUGACACCUGCAUCUGAAAUUUUUUCAAUUGACAUCAACGCAAAACUUGACAGGGAUUUGUUAAACUUGAUCCUUGUAAAGGGACAUAGCAGGGUGCCAGUAUACCAUGACCAUCCAAGCCAUAUCAUAGGACUUAUUCUGGUGAAAAACUUACUUACUAUGAAUCCAGCAGAGGAAGUAACAGUAAAGAACAUCACGAUCCGCUCUAUUCCAAGGGUGCCAGAAACAAUGCUGUUAGUUGAAUUAUUGAAUCAGUUUCAGAGAGGGCUAAGCCACAUGGCUGUAGUCACUAGACCACAAACUGGGAAGUUCGAGAAGCCGGCUUUUAGACCCCCUGAUAAUGAAAGAGAAAUAAGGUUGGAAGCUCAUGGUCAAAGCCUUCUGGGGGAAAGAAGCUUCAAAAGAUCACUGAGGAUGCUGAAGACUCUGCCUGGAAAUGACAAUGUUUCCAGAAGAAGAAACUCAAGGAGUAGGAGAUGGUCUGGAGAAUCACACCCAGAGAUCUUGAAUAUAAGUGAUAACCCUCUUUUGACAGUCCCUCAAGAAGAGGAAGUCGUUGGUAUAAUUACCAUGGAAGAUGUCAUUGAGGAGUUACUGAAAGAGGACAUCUAUGAUGAAAUGGAUCAUCAUGGCUCAUCUCGCUCCGGUUUCGGCAGCUCCUCACAAAGGAUUUUAAACGAUCAGGAAGCAAGAUAUGGGAGCACUGAAUUUAGUGAUAGAAGUACAAUCAAAUUACUUCCCUAGUUUACUAAUACAACCGAAAUCUUCUUGAUUCUUGGUACACAAAAAUUAGUGAGUAAGAAGCAAAGAAAACUAUAGAGUCUAUGCUGAUUUCUUGAGUUGGUACACAAAGAAAAGUGAGUAAGAAGAAAAGAUGACUAUAAUCUAUGCUGCUGGAAAACAUAAGUGUUUUUCAUUUUUGGCACGGAAGCAUGGCAGAGAGAAGGAAUGGAAUAGGACUCCCCUGGGGAGCAGAUGCAUCAUGAAAUGAAGUAGCCAUCGAGCAAAACUUUUCGAAGUAGGAGUAAUUCAUGUUUUGUAUAUGGUCAUAUAUUGCAGCAUAGGACUUGUCCUCAAGAUUCAAUUUUCCUGUACUCCACACAAAAAGAAGGGAUGAAAUUUUGCAAAACUUGAUGCAUCUCAUAUUUUCUUAUUUGCAAUCUCAGUUCAUGCUUGACUUUGUCCAUAGAAGUGAAGCCACAUAUCUCUCAAGCCUCAAAAUUUUGCUUCUAUUUUGGUUGUAACUUCGAUUAUCAUGUAAAGCUAGAGCACUGUUAGAAAUUUAUAGUCCUUUAGUUAGAAAAAGUCUACUUAUUCAACACUGCCAUGUAUAAAUUCCAGAAAACAAAAGGAAAAAGAAAAAAAAAACUUCUGGAAUCUGUUGUUCUAUGAUUGAUAGCAAUCCCCAUAUGA